AUGGCAGCCCCAGUUGCUCCAGCUAGAACUGUUGCGACCCCGGCCCGAUCGACAGAAGCCAAUGUGCCGAUGCUAGUACGACCAGUGUCUACGGAUGCACAGCCAGGCUCUCAACCGCUUUGGGAGGAAGGUUUUCUUCAGGGUUCUGAUGCUGGUGGUCUUCGAGAAGGAUCCACUGCAACGCCUGUGGGUCCUGAGGCCCCUGCUGCACCAGCUAAAGGACCCCCUUGCCCCGGACCCAACGAAGAUUUCAAUGAACUUCGUGAGCUUCUACAUGCCAGCCUUGUAAAGGAGGAGGAGCAGCCGAUGACACCCACGGAUGCUUUCAAUCAGCGGAUGGAGAUUGUUAUCCGAAACAUCAAAGAGGGCAAGGUCGUCAUCGACAGCGGCUACUACACGGAAGCCACCAUGCGAUCGGAGCUGAAAUUCGACAAGGACCGAAUAAAGGCCGUGAUCAAGUACUGCACCGCCACCAAAGCCCGGAAGAGGGCCUUGACAAGGAAAGACAAGUACCAAAGCCACAUCAUGGAGUAUUGGGUGGACGUGCGCACCAGUGGGAGCUUAUCACAGAGCACGAAGGAGGAGUUCAACCAAUACGUCGAGAUCAUCGACAGCGGUGCAUCCUUGCCACCGCCAACGUUGGGCGACGAGCCGCUCCCGUGCUACGAGCAGGAUGACGACGACGAGGACGACGACGAAGACGACGACGACGACGACGAUGAAGGUGAGGCUGCUACCAAGACCCCAAGCACCAAGCGCAAGAGGCACAAGAGGAGAGGGAAGAAAACCCCCAGCCCGAAGAGCAAGAUGUUGGCCAAGAAGAAGAAGGAAAAGCAGGAGAAGGAAGAAGUAGUGGAAAGUGCUUUGGAGGAGAUCAAGAACAUCCCAACCGUGCUCACGGAGGUUCUGAGACUGCGCAUCAAAGUGGACAACACCCUCGAAGAGCUCAAGAAGUCCAAAUCCGCGAACAAUGGCGAUAAACUCCGGGAGCAGGGUGACGAGCUGAUGAUGUUGCAUGACGAGCUAGCGGAGAUCAAAGCCGAGAACAGCAACAAGGGAACCCCGAGUGAUGAGACGAUGAAAAAGCUGCAGGAGAAGCUUGCCAGCGUUGAAAAGUUGUCGAGCCGCAUCACGAUGGAGCAGAAGAAGCUCAAGCGGUGCUACAGCAAAGGAAAAUCCGAGUUCUUCACGGGCAUUAUGGAAAGAUUAGCUGACGAGCUUGUGGAUUUAUUCUGGAAUGGUGUAACACUGAAUCUUAUGGGCAAAAAAGUUACCUUCUAUGCAGCUUUGUUGGGGCUGAAGGGCGAUUGGCCGAUACAAGCUCGCAUCGGCAACUUGUCACGACACUUCGCCCGGAAAGGCGUGUUUCAGGUUUCUGCUAAGAGCGGAUUUUGCCAUCUGUGCCGAGCUGGGGAGCAGGGCUACGACGCAAACGAUUAUGGAUCAUCUGCUUCGUGGCGAGCCACAUACUUGAAAUGCAUUCCCUGGGAUUCAGAAGGGCCGUUGUGUCGGGUGCCGCAGUCGCCGGCGAAGGAGUUUAUUCACAAGUUUGAUGUCUUUCAUACGGUUCACAAGGGCGUUUUCGCCGAGCUCGCCGGCAGUGCGCUAGCGACGCAGCUUCAGUGUUAA